AAAUCUUAUAUAAGGCAGCGUUAAUUGCAGUUUCAUUGAUUUUCUCUAGCGACGUUGGCUAAAAUAAAAUAUGAAAUUGUAACCGGAGUCAUUACAGAAAAUUAUUUCGGCUUUUUCGCGCUUCAUCAUUGUAAAGAAUUUGUAUUUGCAUGCCGUACAUUUUAUUAAUCUGUAUUUUACCACUGGCGACCGUCCAAAAAUUUACCUGCGUGCAUCUACAUUUUAUGGAUUUAGCCCCCAAAACAGGGAAAUGAUACAAUGCUAGAGUGAGCCCAAUGUUUUCAUAAUGCAUUCUCUAUCUUGUGGUGUUUGUUUAUUUAUCAAAAUGUUAGAGCUUCAAAAUACAUUUACCGCUAAAACAUGUUUAAAACACGUAAAAAUGGUAGUGCCGACAAUCGUCAUGUUUGGAGUUGUUCCUCAAUAUUUUAUUGUUUGGGUUAUGUGGAGGUGUUUAACAUGUGUUUUACCUAAUUGGAUUUAUCAGUAUGGAGAUGAUAUGUAUUAUUCUGUGUAUCAAAAGUUCGUUCUCUUCUUUUUUGAACAAGUAGCUGGUACAAAAGUAUUUCUCUAUGGAAACGUGGAAGAAGUUACAUCAAAACCAGAAAGAGUUAUCUAUAUGAGCAAUCAUCAAAGCACUGUGGAUUGGGUAAUUGUCCACAUGCUUGCAGAUCGACAAAAGUCCAUUGGCCAUGUAAGAUACGUCAUGAAGGAUUCUUUACAGCUUGUUCCUUUGUAUGGGUUUUAUUUUUAUGAGCAUGGGUGUGUUUAUGUGAAAAGACAUUAUUUUGAUUCGAAUAAGAUGAUAUCUUCUCUUCAUAGCCUGCAAGAUAAAAGAAUUCCUACUUGGAUGGUGAUAUUUCCAGAAGGAACUCGUUAUAACCCAGAAAUGCCAAAUGUAAUUGAGAAAAGUCAAGCCUUUGCAAGAGAACGAGGUUUAGUGCCUUUGAAGCAUGUGCUCACGCCUAAAUAUAGAGGUUUCCAUCUAACACUAGAAAAUUUGAAAAAUAACCUUGAUGCCGUCUAUGAUGCAACUGUGAUUUACUCUUGUACAAAAGGUGGUAAAAGAACAAUACGAACAAAAGCCCCCACUAUGUUUGAGUUUGUGACUGGUUGCUGUGAUGCUGUAUAUAUUCACAUUAAUCGCAUCGAUAUGUGCAGUAUACCUGCGAAUGAAAGUGAUUUGAGAUCUUGGUUGCACAAAAUAUUUGAAGAAAAAGACAAGAUGCUUGAUGCAUAUUACAAUGGGAAGCACUCUCCGUCCAUGUCCAAAAUGUUUCCUUUGUCUAACGGAUUCAUAUCCCCACCUAGGCAUUUAUCAAAUUUAGGAUGUCUACUGUUUCUUAUGAGCAUAAGUGUUCCCUUUGUUUUCACCUCUUAUGGACGAUCCAUUUACUGGAAAACUUGGGCCUUUGGAACAAUGUUCGGAUAUUUCUGGCUGGGUAUCCGAUCUGUGGUGAAAUGUUGCCGUUUCUGGUCUUUGUGUCUUUAAACUCACGUGCAUGCCUAAAUUGUAAAACAAGAGUAUUAAUGCUGUAUUUCUUUAGUCAUAAAAAAUGAUAGCUAUUUUGAAGAGUCUAUCAAAUCUAAAAUUUGUUUACUUUAAAUGUACAGUGUUUCAAAAAAGGACUACCCUGAAUAACUUUUGAUCUAACUGUAAGAUAAUCACGUUAUAGGACUCUAUUAAAUGGUUUGAGGGGGUGACCUCAAAUAUGCUUAUUAAAUAGUGCAGAUGAUAUUUUAAGUUACAAAAUCAGACACACAAAAACGCACUUUCUCUAAAUAAAAAUUUCUUUUUUUCUCAUCUAAUUCGGAUUUUUGACCUUUAAAAUAUAAAGAGUAGCUGCAAUCUAUGAAAUAUUGUCCUCCAUAGUUUGGUCCGGAGAGUGUUCUGAAGUUUAUACCUCAUAAUGUUAAUUUUACUUUUUAUGUAUUUUACCACAUCUCAAGAAUUUUUUAAGCUAAAGGAAAUAUUUUUGCACACAAUUAUAAAACUAGCUUAUCCAAAGAUAAAUUCAUGCAAAAAAUAAAUUUUUAUAAAAUUUUUUUAUUUAAUUUAAUAAUAGUAAAAAAAUUUGAAUUGUAAGGUAUACAAAUUUUUACAUCGUUUUAAAGUAGGUAAUUUUACUUGGAGGAAUACAAAACUUAGUGUAUUUUACCAUAUUUCAAGAACUUUUUAAGCUAAU